AUCAACCAGAUGGCUCACGAUCUUUCUUCACCACCCUCAGUUGCAGCUAAGAAAUGGCCAGCCAACUUGUUUCAUGUUCUUAUUUCAGAGCUGAGAAUACAAAGAGGAAUUUCAAUCCCAUUGAUAGCCAUGAAUCUCACAUGGUUCGCCAAGAUAGCAAUCACAACCGCGUUUCUUGGCCGUCUAGGUGAGCUACCAUUGGCUGGGGGCACACUUGGCUUCACUUUUGCAAAUGUAACCGGAUUCUCUGUUUUGAGUGGUUUAUGUGUUGCCAUGGAACCAAUCUGUGGUCAGGCUUAUGGAGCCAAGAACUUCAAGCUUCUCCAUAAGACCCUUCUCAUGGUUAUCACUCUGUUGCUUAUAGUUUCUCUUCCAAUUUCAAUCUUGUGGCUCAAUGUUGAUAAAAUCCUAAUAUAUUUUGGGCAGCAAAAGGAUAUUUCACUUGUUGCUAAAGAUUAUAUCUUUUACCUUCUCCCUGAUUUAGCAGUUACUUCUCUACUCUGUCCAUUGAAAUCGUAUUUGAGCUCUCAAAACGUGACUGUCCCCAUAAUGUGUAGCUCGGCCCUGGCUGUUGCUUUCCAUUUGCCAAUUAACAUGAUCCUUUUCAGAGCUAGAGGUCUCGAAGGAGUAUCCAUGGCUGUUUGGAUUAGUGAUCUCGUAGCAUUGGUUUUGCUUGCUUCAUACACGUUCAUUAUGGAGAUUCGCAAGGGAGGGAAAUGGGAAGAAGGCGGUUGGAUUGAACAAGAAAUUGCAGAUUGGAUCAAAUUGAUGAAACUCUCGGGACCCUGCUGUUUAACCACCUGCCUCGAAUGGUGGUGUAUCGAGAUUCUUGUUCUUUUAACAGGUCGACUCCCGAACGCCAAACAGGCUUUAGGAGUGUUGACAAUCGUUCUCAACUUCGACUACUUACUUUACUCUGUUAUGCUUUCGUUAUCAACUUGUGCUUCCAUUAGAGUUUCGAACGAACUGGGUGCUAAUCGAGAGCAAUCUGCUAGAGAAUCGGCGAUGGUGUCUCUGGUUUUGAGUGUUGUGUCGGGUUUGAUUGCGGGUUUGAUCAUGGUGGCGGUUAGAGGGAUUUGGGGACCACUGUUUAGCCAUGAUAAGGGUAUUGUGAAGGGAGUGAAGAAGAUGGUGUUGUUGAUGGCUAUGGCAGAGGUGGUGAAUUUCCCAGUUGUGGUUUUGGGAGGAAUUGUGAGAGGAACGGCUAGACCUUGGCUUGGGAUGUACUCGAAUUUGGGAGGGUUCUAUCUGUUGGCGUUGCCUAUAGCUGUGGUUUUGGCUUUUAAAGUUAAGAUCGGGUUAGGGGGUUUACUUUUAGGGUUCUUGGUUGGGAUGGUGGCUUGUUUGGUGUUGUUGUUGGUUUUUGUGGCUAGGAUUGAUUGGUCACAAGAAGCUGUUAAAGCUCAGAGACUUGCUGGAGAUGGAAAUCAACAACAAUAA